AUGGCGACCACGAAUGAGGCUACGCCGCUGAUCCGUCGGUCUAGCGCGGAUUCGCUGCCAAACUCGGUGUCUGCUCGGUCUGGAUCUGAUUCCCAAUCACCAUCACCGUCAUGGCUCAGCCGUGCAUUGGGCGUCGAGAAUCUCAUCCUCUUUGCUGGCUUUCUCAUCACCCUCUCCUUUAGCUUCACUCAAGUGCCCAACUCUGACUCCCUCUCAGGAACCCUCAACCUCUUCGUAACAGGCUGGAUGGUCAAGAAGUUCGGCCCCCGAUCUUCCCUGAUCGCUCAGACCGUCAUCCCGGCCAUCCGCGUGGCCACCCAGAUCCUCGGCGUUGUCGCCGGUAAGAGCACGGGAAUGAUCAUCAUCCAGGCCACCCAGGCCAUUACCGUCAUCGGUGGACCGGCCGGCUACAUCCUCGUCAUCAACAUCAUCGCCGGCGAAGUCGUUGAACCAAAGCGUCGUACCGCAGUAUUUGGCCAACUCCAGGGCUGCAUCAUGCUGGGGCAAGGAAUCGGAUUCCUGAUCGGUGGUAUGAUUGGCGACGCCAUCGACAUCCGCGCCCCCUUUGACGUCGCCUUCGUCUUCUUCCUCGUAGCAUCCGUCUACGUCCGCUUCGCCCUGCCGUACAUCCCGCCCGACUCCUUGUCAGACGCCAAGAAGGCCGACCGAGAGGGAGGCAUCGCCGGCUUCCUAGCCCCCUUGCGUAUUCUCGUCCCGCAGCGCCUGCGACUGGCCAGCGGCGCCGUCCGCAGACACUAUGGCGUCAUCUUUCUCUGCAGUGGCAUCUUUGUCGGAGUCCUUGCGACCGGAUACGCCCCCUUCCUCAUUCAAAUCUACGCCACCGCCGCCUUCGAGUUCGACCAGGCAGCCAACGGAUGGCUCAUGGCCGAAUUCGCCCUCAUGCGGAGCAUCUUUCUCAUCUUCAUGUUUCCCCCCAUCAUCAACUGGGGAAGGCGGCGAUGGACACCAGCCACCCGCGACGCCAAGGGUGAUGCUACCGCUCCUGCUGCCAUCGCCAUCAGCACCACUGAGGAAGAGCGAGGAGGAGAAGAGCAGAGGCUAGUCUGCCCCAGUGACGACGACGACAGAACGAUCAUCCCUACUUCCCCAGGCGACUUUGACGCCGCGCCGGGUGAGCAGACGGACAUGGAACCCGUCAAGGCCCCCGCCCUCGGCACAAAGGAGACGUACCUCUUCGACCUGGUUCUUCUGCGAUGGAGCCUAGUGGUGGAUGGUGCCCUGACUACCGUUGCCGCUUUUGCUACCAAGUCAUGGCAUAUCUACUUUGCCGCCUUCCUCCUUCCCCUAGGCUCCGGCUCCGCCCCCGCGGCAAAGGGUGUCAUCACGGAAAUGUGUCCCGAGUCGCAGCGCGCAGACGCCCUCAACGCCGUCACGCUGAUCGAGAACGUCGCCCGUCUCGCCACCCAGGGUUUCUUCGGUUUCGUCUUUGCCAGUCUUGCCGAAGCUGGCAAGGCCUAUGUUACUUUCUAUAUCAAUGCUGCCGUUGCCGUCAUCGCAACCGGUAUCCUCCUCUUCUCCCAUUUCCCUCCUGAGGGGAGCAGACUUCUCGAAGACGACGAGCUUGACCAUCACGUUUAUGAGCAGGCACCUCUAUCUCAAGAUUCUACCGCUGCACCCAAUACCCCUCGUGAACCUGAUCAGGAGGAAGAUCAUCAACAGCAAUGA